GCAGUGCGGACUGCCGAGGGCGGAGCGCGCACGUCGGCGCGCGCAGGCCGGCGCGGUGGGAAGGGGAGGGUCAGUUUGUUGCACCCUGGCCCGGCCUCUUUUCCACCCUGCGGAGCAUCCGCUUCCGGUUCCCAGACUGAAUUGGCGGUGAGCGGAGUUUGAGGUCGCUGUGGACUGCCCACUGGAUUGUUGUGAAAAAUGAGGUCCUCUUUCUAGAGUACCUGGCAGGUUGCUUGGCAUCCAGAAGAUGUUUAGCUAAGGCCUUGCCCGAGAUGGACAGCCGGAUUCCUUAUGAUGACUACCCGGUGGUUUUCUUGCCUGCCUAUGAGAAUCCUCCAGCAUGGAUUCCUCCUCAUGAGAGGGUGCACCACCCAGACUACAACAAUGAGUUGACCCAGUUUCUGCCCCGAACCAUCACACUGAAGAAGCCUCCUGGAGCUCAGUUGGGAUUUAACAUCCGAGGAGGAAAGGCCUCCCAGCUAGGCAUCUUCAUCUCCAAGGUAAUUCCUGACUCUGAUGCACAUAGAGCAGGACUUCAGGAAGGGGACCAAGUUCUAGCUGUGAAUGAUGUGGAUUUCCAAGAUAUUGAGCACAGCAAGGCUGUUGAGAUCCUGAAGACAGCUCGUGAAAUCAGCAUGCGUGUCCGCUUCUUUCCCUAUAAUUACCAUCGCCAAAAAGAGAGGACUGUGCACUAGAAAGUUGCAGCCCACAGCCCUUCAUGUGGACUCUGCCAUGACAUGCUAACUAGACUUCAGGAGAGCCACUUCUAUUUUCAGCCCCUCCCUGGAAUAGUGAGUUGGGAGGAUGGGGAGACAGCUAACCAACUGAAUUACCCAAACUGUAUUGCACUUUUAGUUCCCUAGUUUUCUAGGUGAGCUUCAUUCCCUGAAAGGAGGAUGAUAUCUAGGCAUAACCUAGCCUGUGAGGAACCUAGUUAGGAAAGACAGCUGACAUUUAUUGAAUACCAUGUACUAGUCCCUUACAUAUGUCAUAUUUUAAUUAUAGAAAUCAGUAGCAAAAAGAAUCUUGGGGAUUUUCCAUCUGACUUCCCUGACCAUCUUAUCCCAUCCUUGUACUACCAGAGGAUUCAUACACUUUUGAGACUCCAAAGAGACCCUGUUUUCACCCCUUCCUCCUCCUAGCCUCUCCCCCAAAAAGUAAAACACAAUGCUGAAGAAA